AGUGACGUCGCCGGGUAUUCUGGAUUUUGAUAGCGUCCUUGGAUAACUGAAUUGUACAAUCAGCAUAGGCAGGCUUCAGAAAGUAUAGAGCAUAGUUUCAAAAAUGUACCCUGACUGGUUCUGUUAUUUCGAUCAUAUAGUCGAGUGUUUGUAACCUGGUCUUGCUCCCCGUGCUCGAGCCUCGAAGUCCUACUGUGAUGAGACCGAUAGCAGAACCAAAACUCUAUAAACGACGUCAUAUUCAGCAACCUAGCAUUUACAGUCACAGCAAUCAGAACCAUUAAAUCACCGAUCCAAUAACCCUAAUUCAAAAGAACACUGUAGAGAAACUUUUAGCAAGUGAAAAAAAAUGCCUCAAGUGAGGAUCAUUGCUAAGAAUUUCAUGGACAUGGUGGCGUCUUUGCCUGCCAUGAAGCUCGAUAAGCUUUACACCAAUCCCUUCAUUUGCCAAGCCAUUCUCAGGUCAUUGCCGCCUUUAGCGAAGAAAUAUGUGGUACAAAUAUUGUAUAUUGAUGGUCCAGUAGCAGACAAAACGCUAGAAGAAUGGCUACUUCCUGAUGGAUCAUCUAAGCACAGAGUAGCUAUUGAUCGAUUGACCCAGUUGAGAAUUUUCACUGAGAUUGUUGACAGGAAAAAGGAAAUCAGUUACAAAUUAAAUCCUACAUUUCAGACUAAUCUCCAGAAGCAUUUAAUAGAUGGGGGAGUUUUGCCUGGGGAACCAUUGGCUUCAAAUAUCGCUGUAAGACUCCCAACAUUGGAGGAACUUGAUACAUAUGCACUUGGACAGUGGGAGUGUUUCUUGCUGCAUCUUAUAAAUUCGGGACAUGCAGAAAGGUCAACUAACUUUAGCUCUUCUAUGAUGAAAAUAUUCCAGCGGGGUCUUUUGACUCAAAGGGACAAAGAAGCUCCACGAUUAACUGAGAGUGGUUUCCAGUUUCUGCUGAUGGAUACAAAUGCACAACUUUGGUAUAUCAUCAGAGAAUAUAUUUCUAACUCUGAGGAGCGUGGUCUGGAUUCAGCAGAUCUGAUUUCCUUUUUGCUAGAGCUUAGUUUUCAUAUCACUGGUGAGGCAUAUAAUAUGAUUAUGUUGACUGAAUUUCAGAGGAAUAUGAUAAAGGACCUUGCAGACUUGGGAUUGGUGAAACUUCAGCAGGGCAGGAAGGAGAGUUGGUUUAUACCUACUAAAUUAGCUACCAAUCUCUCUAUGAGCUUGACAGAUUCAUCAUCACGGAAACAGGGAUUUGUUGUCGUGGAAACAAAUUUUAGGAUGUAUGCAUACUCAACGUCUAAGCUGCAUUGCGAAAUUAUGCGUCUUUUCUCAAGGGUAGAGUACCAACUUCCAAAUCUUGUUGUCGGGGCAAUGACGAAAGAAAGCUUGUACAGUGCUUUUGAAAAUGGCAUCACAGCAGAGCAGAUAAUUUCUUUUCUUCAGCAGAAUGCCCAUCCUCGUGUUGCUGAGAGAAUACCUUCUGUUCCUGAGAACGUCACAGAUCAGAUAAGACUCUGGGAGUCGGACAUGAACAGGGUUGAGAUGACCCCUGCACAUCUCUAUGAUGAAUUCCCCUCUAGGGAUGUCUUUGAGGCCGCUUGUAACUUUGCACGAGACUGGAAUGGUUUACUGUGGGAAGAUUCGAAAAGGAUGCGCAUGGUAGUGAAGGCAGAGAUUCACCUGAACAUGCGAGAGUAUCUUCGUGGACAGAAGUAAACCAGAUCCACGAGAUGGAGCUCAAGUACAUAAUAUGUAUUCCAACCAAAUCGCCCACAAUAUGGUGUAUUACUAGGAACGAAAACAAGCAAUCAUUUCCAAAAUUUUGAAAGGUUUAUUGUUAUUAAUUUUGGUUCUACAAUGUACAUUUUAAAGUUUUGACCAAAUUCUAUCUAAGAAAGCUUUUAAAGGCUCA